AUGAGUAACCCCCAAUUGGCUGAAUGGGCAAAGGAAACCUUUGGCCUUCAAAAAGCUCCUGAUGCUUCUACAAUCUCAAAGAUUUUGAAGAGAGGAGACCAGGGCUUGAUAAUGCAAGCCAACGUAAAAAACAGAAAGCGCGUUAGAAAGCAAAUUGAAGAAGCAGUGAUUCUUUGGAUCAACAUUGCUGAAAAUAAUCAGAUUCCCAUCACUUGGGAAUUGAUUAAGACUAAAGCUACAAUUUUCGCUGAAAGAAUAGGCGUUAAAAACUUUAGUGCUUCUCAAGGCUGGAUGGAGAAGUUUGGAAAGCAAUUGCUUCAGAUUGACAAGGCUGCCAUCAAAGAGAAGAUAGAGAGAUAUAGUGCUCGUGACAUAUAUAACUUUGAUAAAACAGCACUCUUUUAUGCUGCCCCACCAAGAACAACAAUUUCUCACCAGAAAUUUUCUGGUUGGAAAGAUAACAAGAAGCGCCUGACUGUAGGUCUCUUGUGUAAUGCGGAUGGAACGAACAAGUGGUCCGAUGUACUGAUGAUUGGGCAUGCAAGAAGACCAAACUACUUCAACAAGAACAACAAGAAGCAAGAAGCAAGUGAUCAUGGAUUCUCCAUGUAUCAUUACAAUAGCAAUGCUUGGAUGACAAGAUCGAUCUUUCAUGUUUUCCUCCGUCGCUUUGAUCAUGCCAUGAAAGCUCAAAAGCACAAAGUUCUUUUGAUUCUCGACAAUUUCUCUGGUCAUAUAGUUGAUUAUACACCUACAAACGUUGAGCUUCUUUUUUUGCCACCAAACACCACUUCCCACCUUCAGCCAUUGGAUGGUGGUAUCAUUCGGGCUUUUAAGGCUUAUUUCAAGCGUAAACAGUAUGCCAAGGCAUAUCAGUAUAUUGGCAUGAUUCAAAAUGGCAAUCAAGAUAAAAUCGGGCCAAUUGAUAAAAUCUUUGAAAUUGAUCAAUUGUGGGCCAUGAAAUGGAUAAGAGAGGCUUGGGAAUCUGUCUUGGCAAAGACUAUUGAGAACUGCUGGAAUGCAACAAUCUUUUGCUUUAUUGAAGACGAAGAUAGUGAAGAUGUAAACCAGGCUAUGAUUCAGCAAAGUCUGGCUGAAAAGGUUCUCGUUGAGGGUUUACAAGAAACCCUGGACAAGAUUGCUGGAUCAGGUCUUCUGUCUCUGGAAGAUUGCCCAACAAAUGAGUCUGAUCCACUCUAUGAGAGUCAAUGCACUCAUAGAGUGGUCAAUGAAAAUGAGAUCGCAGAUAUUGUGAUAGAAGAAUAUGACGCCGACGAAAAUGCAGCCAACAACAGCAAUGAAGAAACUACUGAAGUGGAAUCAGCAGUUUCUUUUAAGAGAACUUAUUCUGCUUCGGAAAAGUUUGAGUGUGUUUGCACGCUUUUGGAUAUCUUGGAAGACGAAGAUAUUGACAGAGACUUCGUCAGUAAGGUUGAAGGCCUUAGAAACAAGUUCCAGAAAACCGCGAACUCAAAGCAAACUAAAGUCACCAGCUUCUUCAAGUCUUUUUAA